GAAAUGUUUCACUUUAGUGGCUUUAAAUCCAGAAAGAUUCGAGUGAUACAGGACAAAGAAUUGAGUUCGAUGAAAGUGAAAAUUGACUGAAAGAGCUCGACACGCGAUGAUGGCGUUCCGGUUACAUCAUUCCGUUAUUCUCGACUGUUCUAUCGAAACAGCCUGGAAUGUCCUUUCUUCAGCCUCAGGGUUGCCACGGCUUCAAGAGAUCCUGCCUAGCAUCUCCCAAUGCGUGCUCACGUCGGCGGGAGAGGCGGGAAACGCAACAAGGCCAACCGCCUCCACGGCCGUUCCAGCCAAGGACGAACUCGUCGAGAUCCUCUCGUCGCAAACCUUCCCGGCGGACGCCAACCUUCCGUGGCCGUCCAUCGACGGAAGCCCGGAGGCCGCGCAUUUCAGUUUCUACGAGAGCGGGACGACCUUCGUCGAGGGCGCGCAGAUGACGGCCGGCUCCGAACACGCCGUGUUCUUUCACUCCAGAGUGGCCCGAGCUGGCGUUGAGGAAUGGAAGCUGCGCGUUCUCGAAGCCGUCGACGAGAGCCGCGUGCGAGUGACGGAGACGGUGUGGGGCAAGGCACCGUUCUACAUCGUGUGGUACCUGUGGCUGAGCGGCCUGGCGACCAGAGUGCACAGGGAACACAUGGAGCUGUAUCACACCUUGAUGAGGGACGACGGACAGUGAGGUGGCACGAUGCACACACGAGACAUGUACCCAAGGCACCGGGACCGUCUGGUAUCAUUAGUUCGUAUCAGCGCAUUUGCUACGUAAAGAGGAACACCCGGGUAUGAGUUUUGCGUCACGCUAGCUAUGAAAAAGUUGGAAGAUUUCCCCAUGGUGUGUGGCCAAAUUGUCAAGAGGGGGCAUGGCAUGAUGUACAUCCUCCCCCAUCUAUGGGAGGGUCGCUAUGUACUUUACAGAAUCUGGUCGACACCCGCCGCAUUCCAGUUUUAUCGACGGGUCAAUGCAAAGUCAAGUGCAAAUAAUCGUGGAUCCGAAUGGUUAUGUAGAUUGCACCCCUAUUGUUCAAAGCAAAGAUCGUUUCC